CACAUUCACUCACAGACAAAGAUGAGGAUUAAGAUUCCAAACCCGGGUGUUGAUGACCGGAUCCCAUCUCACGCUGAACUGGAGAAGAUCGAGGAAGAGGAGGCUGAAGAAAGACCUCAAUGGGACAACAAAACUCAAUACAUGCUGACCUGUGUGGGCUUCUGCGUGGGUCUGGGGAACGUCUGGAGAUUCCCGUAUCUGUGUCAGAGCCACGGUGGAGGAGCGUUUAUGAUCCCAUUCCUGAUUCUUCUGGUCCUGGAGGGAAUUCCACUGCUUCACCUGGAGUUUGCCAUCGGACAGAGACUCAGGAAGGGAAGUGUUGGAGUCUGGACCGCCAUCAAUCCUUACUUAGCUGGAGUCGGUAUCUCCUCCAUGCUGGUGUCAUUUCUGGUGGGGAUGUAUUAUAACACCAUCAUGGCCUGGGUCAUGUGGUACUUCUUCAACUCUCUUCAAGAUCCGCUGCCAUGGAGUCAAUGUCCUGUGAAUGCAAACCGAACCGGUCUGGAGUCAGAAUGCACUGAGAGUUCAGCGGUGGAUUAUUUCUGGUACAGAGAGACUCUGAACAGCUCAGCGUCGAUCAAGGACUCCGGUGGUCUGCAGUGGUGGCUGGUGUUGUGUUUGCUUUGUGCUUGGACAGUGCUGUACGUCUGCUGUAUUCGAGGAAUCGAAACUACGGGAAAGGCCGUGUACAUCACCUCCACGUUACCUUACGUUGUCCUCACCAUCUUUCUGAUAAGAGCUUUGACUCUAAAAGGCUCUCAGAAUGGAAUCAAGUUCCUCUUUACUCCAGAUUGGGAGCUCUAAUGGAUCUGCUUACCUGUUAAGGUUAAUGAGUUAAUGAAACCAGGAACCUGGCUGGACGCUGGAGCUCAGGUGUUGUUCUCCUUCUCUCUGGCGUUUGGCGGUCUCAUCUCGUUCUCUAGUUACAACCCUGUUCAUAAUAACUGUGAGCGAGAUGCCGUGACGAUCUCCGUUAUCAACGGCCUCACGUCUGUGUACUCCGCAACUGUUAUUUACUCCAUCAUCGGCUUCAGGGCCACUGAGAAAUAUGACGACUGUCUUAACAGGAACAUCCUGACGUUGCUGAAUGCAUUUGAUCUUUCCGAGGGAAACAUCACAGAGAGAAACUACGCUCAAGUUCUCCAGGAUCUGAACGUCACAUCACCAGACCUCAUUCAGGAGCUCAACAUGAAGACCUGUGACAUGCAGACUCUUCUCAGUGAGGGAGUGGAGGGCACAGGUUUGGCCUUCAUCGUCUUCACCGAGGCCAUCACCAAGAUGCCCUUCGCUCCUCUGUGGGCCGUCCUCUUCUUCAUCAUGCUCUUCUGUCUGGGUCUCUCCACAAUGUUUGGCAACAUGGAAGGUGUGGUGGUGCCGCUACAAGACCUGAACAUUCUUCCUAAAACAUGGCCGAAAGAACUGUUCACCGGUCUGACCUGUCUGCUGUCGUUCACGAUGGCUCUGAUAUUCGUCCAGUCCUCCGGUAACUACUGGCUGGCUCUGUUUGAUGGAUUUGCCGGCUCGAUUCCUCUUUUGGUGAUCGCACUCUGUGAGAUUAUUGCUGUUGUUUACAUCUAUGGGAUUGACAGGUAA